AUGUCCUACAGUGAAAGCUCAAACGAUGCCAGACCUCAAAGCAUCGUACAUCACAUUGGACGUCUGGGCUCCAAGAUCACCACGCCCAUCUUCAUCUCCAAGUGCCGAAAGCGCAUGAGAAUGCAACGAAAGCUACAAGAAGAUUCGAUGAUAUCCUCCAAACAGGCCGUCACCGCAUCCGUAAGCGAAGCCAUGGAUAGCACCCAAAUAAGUGUGGCAGUAUCCGAUGAUACCAGCUCUUACUCGCCAGGAGACUACCAUACAAUGGAUAGCGACGAUUCGUUCUCCUUCUGCUUCAGCGACAUUGAUGAAGACGAUACGGAAGACGAAAGUCUUUUCGAAACACUGGACCAAAACGAAUUUCUAGUUGAAUGUUUCGUCACCAACGGGCAAAGCGACGUUGUUUUCUUGGUUCACUUCUUCAACCAAGAAACAUCCAUUUCCGAUGCUAUUGAAGAUAUCUUGUCAAUACGAGUCCUCGAGACCAACUCCAGGUGUGAAUGUCGAAGGAUCAACUCUAAGAGCGCGCCACUCUUUACAUCCAAGCUAUACAUCGAUCCCGAACAACCUACCGUAGUUGCAAUCAAAAAUGGCAAAAUCCUCAGCAAAGUUUCAGACAUCUCGUCAUCUCAAUGCACAGAAGUGGACCAAUGGUUGGCGAGAACGAGAAUACUGAAAAGCAACAUUGCAUCCAGCGACACUUUUCCAGGCUUAUCCACCAAGAUAUAG